AUGUCGACUGCAUCUGCAUCAUCAGCCGCACCGCUUGAUUUGACGGCUAUUCAAACCGAAUCUCGCAAUCGUGCAAGUGCGAACAUUGAUGAAGUUUCUACGGAUGAGCUUUGUCGGAUUAUCAAUAAUGAGGACAAAGCUGUUGCCGGGGUUGUUGAGGAUUGUAUACCGAUAAUUGCGCAGGCGAUUGAUGCAUUGGCCGAAAGGGUUCGCGGGGGUGGAAGGAUCUUCUACAUUGGUGCUGGAACGUCAGGUCGAUUGGGAGUGCUCGAUGCGUCGGAGAUUCCACCGACGUAUUCUGCACCACCGGAGCAGUUCGUUGGAUUGAUCGCUGGCGGGGAUGUUGCGCUUCGAUCCGCGGUCGAGGGUGCUGAAGACGAUGCCGGGGCCGCUGUCAAGGACCUGAAGAUGAGGGAGCUGGAUGGCGAGAAGGACUGUCUGAUCGGCAUUGCAGCGUCUGGCAGGACUCCAUAUGUUCUGGGCGGCCUUGCCUGGGCGAAGAGGCAAGGUUGUGUGACUGUUGGAGUCGCAUGCUCGAAACCCUCUGCAAUAGGUCGGAGUGGAGAUGUCGAUUUCAUGAUUGAGGCGGUCACGGGCGCAGAGGUGGUGACAGGAAGCACGAGGAUGAAAGCUGGGACGGCGACGAAGUUGGUGUUGAAUAUGCUCUCCACUGGCAUUAUGAUAAAGAUUGGCAAGACGUAUGGGAACAUUAUGAUAGACGUCAAACCUACCAAUGUCAAACUGAAGCAGCGCACUCGCGGUUUCCUUCGUGAGAUUUGCGGCGAGCGCUGCCCCGUACUCGACGAAGCCUUAGAUGCAACCUUGGCAGCCUGCGGCAGAAGUGUGAAGCUGGUUGCUGUCGUGAUAUGGUUCAACAUUCCCAUUGCUCAGGCACAGCGGCGCCUCGAUGAGGCGAAUGGAAUUCUGGCAAAUGCACUGCAGUCUCAAGAACCGCCGAGGUUAAAGGAACGAAGAGCAAAGACGUUUUAUCUCUGCGUAGAUGGUGGAGGCAGCAAGACCCAUGCUGUAAUUACCAGCUUCGACGGCAUGAAUGCCGGGGGUAUGGAGGCCGAAGGCAACGCAGGUCCUUGCAAUGCCGAUCUCAUUCGAGAGGCUGGAUUCAAGUCUGCUUGGAUAGCGAUGGCGGGCCUCGAUCGCAAGGGACUCAAAGAGAUCCUGUACAAGGCCCUGCAACACAAGCUCCCACUCCAGCCAGAGGCCUCGCUCCAGAUCACGAACGACAUCGAGCUGAUUGCGGCGGAUAAGUUCCAUGAAAUAGAUUAUGAAGUCCAGCAAGGAAUUGACCAUGUCAUUGUGCUUGUGGCAGGUACUGGAUCGGUGGCCAUGACAUAUCAUCGAGAAGAUGGCCGCAUUGCCCGAACAGACCGCUCUGGCGGCUGGGGCGCUCUACUCGGAGACAACGGGUCUGGGUUCGAUAUCGGCCGGCAAGCACUGAGGUUAGCCCUUGCAGAUUUGGAAGACCACAAACGACUGGAGAGUGCCAGCGGCGAGUAUGACAUGGUUUCUCAAGACGCCGAUCCUCUCACUCAGGCGGUUCUCGACCAUUUUGGGCCCUGGGGCGGCACUCCUCCAACCGAUCUGCUGAGCGCCGUGAUGAUGCCCAAUCCUGAUGAUGUCCAAGGCGUUACUGGGACAAAGCGGAGGAUCGCAAGUUGCGCGAAGAUUGUCACUCAAGUGGCGAAGAGCAGUGCGAGAGCCAGGGCUAUCAUCGAUACAGCGCUACGGAGCCUGAUGGCUCUCGUGCAGAGUUUACUGAGGGCCGACAUACGUCCUGAGACUUCUGCCUUGGUACUCGCCGGCGGCUUGAUGCAGUCUGAACAUUUCCGAGAAGGACUCAAAAAGCUGCUGUUGGCAUCUGGUAUAGACUUUUGGCAAGUCGGAUACAGCGCGGUGCCCGCUUGGGGUGGUGGAAGGUAUCUUGCAGUAGCAGAUGAUUCAUCAGAUUAA